GAGACUAUCACCUCAAAUAAGAAUCAUGUCUGGACGUGGCAAAACCGGCGGCAAGGCUAGAGCCAAGGCCAAGACCAGGUCUUCCCGUGCCGGACUGCAGUUCCCAGUGGGUCGCGUCCACCGUCUGCUCCGCAAAGGCAACUACGGCGAGCGUAUCGGCGCCGGUGCUCCUGUCUACCUGGCAGCAGUGCUGGAGUAUCUGACCGCUGAGAUCUUGGAGUUGGCGGGAAACGCAGCCCGUGACAACAAGAAGACCAGAAUCAUCCCCCGUCAUCUUCAGCUGGCUGUCCGCAACGACGAGGAGCUCAACAAACUCCUCGGAGGUGUGACCAUUGCCCAGGGCGGUGUGUUGCCUAACAUCCAGGCUGUCCUGCUGCCUAAGAAGACCGAGAAGGCCUCCAAGAAGUAGACUAUAUCACCUCCUAAUACCCACAAAGGCUCUUUUAAGAGCCACACAC